CGAGGCCAGCGCGUCCGCGGAGGCGGCGCGCGGCGCCGAGGAGGCCGUGGAGGGGAAGGAGGCGGCGCUGGCCGAGCUGGCUUCCGAGGCACAGUGCCGGGCCGCCCACCUGCUGCGCGUCACCUCGCAGGUGCGGCAGGAGCUCUCGGAGCAGGCUGGCGAGGCCGCUCUGGCGAGGGAAGCCGCGCAGCAGCUGGAACAGUCGCUGCGCGAGGCGACUUCCGAGAAGGAGCUUCUCCAGCAAGAGAUGAGGCAGGCCGCGGAGGAGGCGAGGGAAGAGCUGGCAGCGAGGGUAAGGUGCAUGGAGGACGAGCACGAGCGGCUGCUCGAGGAGUCUGCAAGCAGUGCAUCUGGCGGGCCCGGUGCUGAUGCCACGGCGUGAGUUCUCGCGCCCGUGCGGAUCUGUAGGCGUUGUUGCUCUCCUCGUACUUCGCGACCAUCGCCGCCAGCAGCCCCCAUCCCCAGACGUCCUCCGACCUGGUUCUCCCACCCCACGGGCCCAGGGGCCCCGACCGCUCCC